CUUCGUACCUUCAAGGUUUCACGUGAGUGUAGAAGAGAUUCAUGGACGUUCCUCUACGAAGGGUGUUCUUGACUGUCAAGCCAUAGCCUAGCUAGCUGCGAGUAAACUGAGCUGAUAAGCUUUCAUCUAGUGGCUUCCCUGGCCUCCUCGCGCAGGUAGAGAGUGUGUGGAGGACCGAGGAGCGGGGAAUGGCGCAGGGGAACGAAGACGUGGCCAAGUUCUACUGCACCAAGCACUCGUGGAGGGGCAAGUACAAGAGAGUGUUCUCCAUAGGGACCAAGGCAAUCACUACAUACAACCCCAACACUCAUGAAGUCACCAAUCAGUGGUGUUACAAUGAGUUUUGUGGGGGUAUUGCUCCUAGUCCCAAGGCCAGCAAUGAAUUCAUCAUCACCAUGAAGAAAGGAAGGAAGACUCAGCAGAUGACCUUCUCGACUGAGUUCAGACCUGAGGUCCUCACUCGCACUCUGAUGUUCAGUCCGUUGUUCUGUGAGCAACCUCGAAAUGAAACAGACAAGAGGUUUGAUGCAGCCAAGUUCCACUGGGACGAGGCCAAAGUCAAGGUCCUCCUAGUGGUUCGCAGGUACUGUGUGAGUCAGGUGGACAUCACUGGCCACACUCUCACUGACUACAAGUACAAAGACAUCGAGUACAUGGCAAAGGUUGCAGAUCAUCCGGGAGCCUUUGUUGUGGCUGCUGGCGGAUUUGGACGACUGCACAUGUUCCUGACAGAGCAGAGAGAUGAUGUCAUGAAAGCCAUAAUCCUUGCCUCUCGCAGCAACAUUGGAUACGAGAUAGCUGUUCACAGAGACCUCAUCACACAGCAUGACUUCCUGGAGAGGAGACUCGGCAAGUACAGUGAUGAUGACUCCAUUACGUCACUUACAGAGUUCAAAGUUCAGAAACACACUCCUAGAUACCUGGUCAGUGGGUGAUGAUGUAAUGUCGUGUGAUCAUCACAUGACCAUCAUGUGUCAGGAGCCGGCUCCGAGGAUCCUGGCCUCUCAGAGAAGCUGUUAUAAUAGAGAGAGACCCCUCCACUUACAUUGUCGUUACCAUACGACCACUCAGUGAGGUGUUUGCUCUGAUUCGCUCACACCAAUGAUCCCCAGAGGUUCAGCAUUGAGUACGUCAAUGGCAUCGUCAGGAAAUACAGUGCUACUGAAAGAGAUGCCCUGCUGUGCAGUAUCCUGGAUGGAGUGAGGGCCAGUGGGAACAGAGACGUCUGUGUGAAGAUGACACGCACCAACCGAGGCCAGAGACUGGGGCCACUCCAUCUGCCUGUGGAGGAGGAGGUAGAGAGCCAGUACCUCAAAUACCUCGUCAACACUCCUCCAUCGGUGCAGUUCCAUGAGGCAGUGGAGAAGUUCAACUCCAACGUGGUUUACAGUGGCCUCAACCAUGCAGUGUCUUCUGAGGGUAUGUUUCAGAGAACAGGAGAAGCUCAUCAAAGGAUCCCUCACACCCACUGCUGAUGAAGGAAGGAGACCAGAAUUCCCUCCCAAAUGACAGACUAGAAGAACAGUUCCAUGCCCUCAGAGACUAGUGGCCUCCAAGGCUGGCUACGAGGCCUUCACCUCCCUCACCAAUUUCAGGGAGAUAGUUGGGAAGAAGGUGGUUCGAGCCCUCCGCAGGAAGGACGACGGGAUCAGCCAUGCCUCUGUGGACUUCUUGUGCGCCCUCAUGCAGCCCAUGCACGACAACUACGACCUGAGACAGGAGCAGAUGAACAAGUCCUCUCUCCUCUCCAGCAAACCGUUCCUGGAGAUGGUGCUGGAACCUCUCAAGACACACGUGCAACUUGGGACAGGAGCACUGGUAGUCAGCUCCAUCCUCGAUUUCUUCACAUUUGCCGUCUGUCCUCCCUACAGUGAGACAACUGAAGCAGAGAAGUUUGACAUGGUUUUGGAGCUCAUUUCUGGUCUGGGAAGAACAGUGUUCAAACUCUUUCAGCACCCUUCUCUGGCCAUCGUGAAGGCUGCUGGACUCAUCAUGAAGGCCAUCAUUGAGGAGGGGACGCCGGAGAUGGCGAAGAAGAUGCAGGACCUGGCGCUGGCAGAGGGAGCUCUCCCCCGGCACCUCCACACCUCCCUCUUCACCGCUUCCAGCGACAACAGACUCCUCACUCACAGAGCCAUGGCUGCCAAACCCUCCACUGCUGCCGAGAAAGCUCUCCAGAAGAUCCAGGACCAGGUCACCUGUGGGAUAUGUCUGGAGCCCUACAAACAGCCGAGGCUGCUCAAGUGUUUCCACGUGUAUUGCGAGCAGUGCCUGCAACGUCUGGUACGUGGGGGACGAGAGGGACAGAGUCUCCCAUGUCCACAAUGUCGCCAGGACACUCCACUGCCAGUGGGCGGAGUCCCGGGGCUCCAAGGAGCCUUCUACAUCCACUACCUCUUCGACAUCCAAGACGCCCUCAAGAAAGUUUGCAUGCCAGCGCUGCAAGGAAAUCCAUCAAGAUUGGGAAGAAUUAAAAACCCACGAAUUUAUCGACCUAAACACCUUGACAGAGGAUGUGACAACCCUCGUUCCUCCUCUCAAGAAGACUCUGUUUUGUACCACUCAUCCGUCAAAGAAGGCAAAGCUCUACUGCGAGACGUGCGACGAGUUGAUAUGUCGAGACUGCAUCGUUCGUGUUCAUCGCGACCACCAGUACGAUCUGGUGCCCGAGUCAUUUGCCAAGCAAGAGAAAGUGAUCGUGGACUCUCUCAAGCCAGUGGAAGAACAGAUUGCUACGUUAGAAAGAGCCAUUGAGUCGGUGGGCACUCGAUGUACUGCAGUCGUAGAACAGAAGACGGCUGUGGUGGCAGAGAUCCGGACUGCCAUGGCACACCUGCGACAAGCUCUAGAGGCGAGGGAGACAGAGCUGGUGGGUCAAGCUGAGCAGGCAGCACAGCAGAAACUGAAG